AUGGAUGGCACCAUCUCCUCCACCAUUAGAGUGGCCACAGACACAGAAACUGGCAGUCUGCUCAGGAGUAACCCUAAUAUUUCUUCCAACAACACAUGGGGUGAGGCCUUCUCUGCCAGCUCUUUGGAGGACAUUGUAGCUACCUGCACCAUUGGGACCAUCCUGUCUCUUAUGUGCGUAAUUGGGGUGACAGGCAAUGUCUACACCUUGGUUGUGAUGUGCCAUUGCAUGAGGUCCUCUGCCUCCAUGUACAUCUACAUCAUCAACUUGGCCCUAGCAGACCUGCUCUACCUUCUCACUAUCCCUUUCAUUGUGGGGACUUAUUUCGUUCAGGAAUGGUACUUUGGAGAUACAGGUUGCCGAAUCCUUUUCAGCUUGGAUUUCCUCACUAUGCAUGCUAGCAUUUUCACCUUGAUGGUGAUGAGCACAGAGAGAUACUUUGCGGUGUUGAAACCUUUGGACACUGUGAAGAGGUCAAAGAGUUAUCGGAAAGCGAUUGCCCUCAUUAUCUGGGUAGCAUCUCUGCUUCUCACUCUGCCAAUGCUGAUCAUGAUCCAGCUGGUACAAGGGGAAAAGGAUAUCUGUCUCCCCACCUGGAGCAAAUUGUCUUACAAGAUCUACAUCACCAUUCUCUUCUGCACCAGCAUUGUUGGCCCUGGUGUCGUCAUUGGGUAUCUCUACGUUAGACUAGCAAGAACCUACUGGGUGUCCCAGACCACUUCCUUGAAAGAGACCAAGCGGCUACCCAACCAAAAAGUCCUCUACUUAAUCUUCACGAUUGUGCUGGUCUUCUGGGCCUGCUUCUUGCCAUUCUGGAUCUGGCAGCUGAUCUUCCAGUACUACGAGCCUCUUCCCAUGUCUCCUAAAGCCACUAGGAAUGUCAACUACCUGACCACCUGCCUGACCUACAGCAACAGUUGCAUCAACCCUUUCCUCUACACCUUACUGACCAAGAACUACAAAGAAUAUUUGAGGAACAGGCAGCGUUCUUUUCACAGCAGCCGCAACUACUUCCAGAGAAGGAACCGAUUUCAAAGGAUUUCCGGGAGAUCUUUGUCAACAACCAGCCAGCAUUGUACAGAGACUUUUAUGCUUCCACCCAUUCCAGGGGGAAGUAAUAGCCCAUGAUGAAAGAAGCACACUUCCGAAAUCAACUGUCAUCAAAGUCAGAAGAAGAAAGCAAGCAUUACAUUUGAAAGGGAGGGAUUGUAGAAGAGAUACAUGCUGGGUUUAGAGUUUUGAUGAUUUGUCAUCAUAGUAAAUCAGGGGGAAAAAAGCUUUUGUGUUUCAUACAACCCGUGAUAUGUCACUGUAAGUUUUGCUUCUUGAAAUUUUAUUAUUCAUAUUGUGAACAGUAUUCACUAAGCAGAAUUAUUUGGGAGAUAAAGGUAUGAAUAAAAAAAAAUGUGUUAAUUUGUUUUAUGGUUCAGCUGGAAGGCAGGUAGCAAUUUUGUGGAAAUCGAAUUUGAGGGAAAUGUUUGACUUUCUACUGAAUUCGUAUCAGCUAAAUUCAUAUAUAGGGACUAAAAACUUGGGUACAUAUUGUCCAGUAGAUUUCUCAGGACUGACAGUUGUGAGUUUGUGGAUAAAACCACUUUAUGCACACCUACACAUUCAAAUCUGUUUGCCUUUACCCCUAGCACAUUCUUCACUGAUAAUGUCAAGCGUCGUUCUCUGUGCUUCAAAAAUAAUUCCAAAUAUAUAAUUU